AUGAAGCCCGUUCUGUCCCUCCUGCUUCUGCUGGCGCUGGUGUGGAGCGGCCCGGUCACCGCGCAGUCGGACCGGGACCUGGACCGGGACCUGGACCGGGACCUGGAGCUGCGUGAGCGCCGGCUGCUGCUCUCCCAGGAGUGGAGCAAGCGUGCGGUGGAGGACCUGCUGGACCACAUGGCCCUGCCACAGCAGAGGGAGUCCCAGGUCUCCAUGGCAACCGGAGGGAAGAGGAACCUGGAGCGCUCCGUCGACCCGCCCAACAACCUGCCGCCGCGCGAGCGGAAGGCCGGCUGCAAGAACUUCUACUGGAAGGGAUUCACUUCCUGCUAGCGGCUCCUGGCCGGGGUGAGGGGGCGCCGCUCGCCUGGCCCGCUCCACUGGCCCGAGCCCUCACGCUGCUCCGUGUGCUCUGCGCAGGUGACGGACCGCCUGCAUGCUGAG